CCCGCACACGCUGACUGACAGGAUGACACGCUGCUACUUGCAGACCACAACCGCAUGAGCAAAGCCCGAGUGAGAAUCCACCAAAGCGCUUGCCACGCCUCCGUCACUCACUAUCUACUCGGCCUGGCCUCUGAAACCAAAGGAUGGCAGACAUGGAGGGCCUUGAGUUUGGGAAGUCGGACUUUGUGCUCCUGGAUGAGGUGACCAUGGAGCAGUUCAUGGAGAAUCUCAAAUUGAGGUUUGAGAAAGGUCGUAUCUAUACAUACAUCGGCGAAGUGGUGGUGUCCGUGAACCCGUAUCGACGGAUGGAAAUUUACGGGAAAGAUCGGGUCGACGCCUAUCGUGGUCGCGAGCUGUACGAGAACCCACCUCACCUUUUUGCGGUGGCUGAUGCUGCCUACAAGGCCAUGAAGAGACGAGCCAAGGACACCUGCAUUGUCAUAUCAGGUGAAAGUGGCGCUGGGAAAACAGAAGCCAGCAAAUACAUCAUGCAGUACAUAGCAGCCAUCACAAACCCCAGUCAGAGGGCGGAGGUGGAAAGUGUGAAGAAUGUGCUCCUGAAGUCCAACUGCGUGCUGGAGGCUUUUGGGAACGCCAAGACGAAGCGCAACGACAACUCCAGCCGCUUCGGCAAGUACAUGGACAUCAACUUCAACUUCAAUGGCGACCCCACAGGGGGACACAUCAACAACUACCUGCUGGAGAAGUCCCGGGUGGUCCAGCAGCAGGAAGGCGAGAGGAACUUUCAUUCCUUUUAUCAGUUACUGAGAGGUGGAUCUCAUGACUCCUUUCACCUGCAAAGCGAUCCGAGUGCUUAUGCGUACACUAAAGAGGGGACUGCGGCCAUCACCUCCAUUAACGACCACUCCAGCCACAAAGCUGUGAUGAGUGCACUGGGAGUUAUUGGCUUUUCUAAGCAAGAGAUUCUGUCAAUUAAUCAAACACUGGCCUCCAUUUUGCAUCUGGGUAAUGUGCAGUUUGAGAGUGACGGCGAGAGCGUUCACGUUCUGGACGUCGACGUGGUGGACUCCAUCGCAAAGUUGACCGCCACAGAUCCAGACAAGGUGAUGAAGAGCUUGCUGUACCGCACUGUGGCCACCGGGGGCGGCGAGGUCAUCGAGAAGGGUCACACGGAAGCAGAGGCCCGCUCUGGACGGGACGCUUUUAGCAAGGCGCUCUAUGAAAGACUUUUUGGGUGGAUUGUAGGCCGCAUCAACAGCGUCAUUGAGGUGAAAGACUACAACCCAGUGCUUCAUGGGAAAAACACAGUCAUCGGCGUGCUGGACAUCUAUGGAUUUGAGAUCUUUGACAACAACAGCUUCGAGCAAUUCUGCAUCAACUACUGCAACGAGAAGCUGCAGCAACUUUUCAUCGAGCUGAUCCUCCAACAGGAACAGAGCGAAUACAACCGAGAGGGCAUCCAGUGGCAACAUAUCGAAUAUUUCAACAACCAGAUUAUUGUGGACCUGGUGGAGCAGCCGCACAAAGGAAUCAUUUCCAUUCUGGAUGAAGCUUGUCUCAGUGUGGGGAAAGUCACAGACACGAUGUUCCUGGACAGCAUGGACAUCAAACUGGCCAAACACCCCCACUACAGCUCCCGUAAGCUCAGCCCCGCUGACAAAAGCAUGGACUUCCAGAAGCACUUCCGAAUCCGCCACUACGCCGGAGAUGUCACAUAUUCCGUGGAGGGCUUCCUGGACAAAAACCGAGACCUGCUCUUCCAAGAUUUCAAGCGCCUCAUGUACCACAGCUCCAACCCAGUCAUGAAGGAGAUGUGGCCAGACGGCCAACUCGGCAUCACCGAGGUCACGAAGCGACCUCUUACAGCAGCCACUCUCUUCAAGAACUCCAUUAUUGCCUUAGUGGAGAAACUGGCCUGCAAGGAGCCGUACUACGUGCGAUGCAUCAAGCCGAAUGAACAGAAGUCCCCUCUGCUGUUUGACGACGCUCGCUGCCAGCAUCAGGUGGCCUAUCUGGGCCUGCUGGAGAACGUCAUGGUCCGCAGGGCGGGAUUCGCCUACAGGCAGCCCUACGCUCGCUUCCUGCAACGGUAUAAGAUGACGUGUGAGUACACCUGGCCCAACCACCUGAUGGAUUCGGACCGGGAGGCGGUGGAGGCCAUCGUCAAGCAGCACGGUUUCCAGGACGACGUGGCGUACGGCCACACCAAGCUGUUUGUGCGAACGCCGCGGUCCCUUUUCACUUUGGAACAGGAGCGAGCCGCCCUCAUCCCCAUCCUGGUCCUUUUCCUACAAAAGGUGUGGCGUGGAGCUCUGGCCCGCAUGAGGUGCCGCCGCAUGAAGGCCAUUUACGCCAUCAUGGGAUGCUUUAAACGUUACAAGGUCAAGGUCCACUUUUGGGAAGUCGAGCAGAGGUUCGCCAACGUGAGGAACAUGGCCGACUACGGGAAGAGCGUGAAGUGGCCCACUCCGCCCGCUGCUCUGACCGGGUUUCACGCCAUCACCGUCACGCUACAUCGCAGGUGGUGGGCCCGGCAGAUGGUGAAGAAGAUCCCACCGUCUGACAUGCCGGAGAUUCGCGCCAAAGUGGCCGCUCUUACUGCUCUUGGCGGCGAGAGAAGAGACUGCGGCUUGAUCCGAGCCUGGGAGAGAGACUACCUGGCCAAUGUGCGAGACUGCCCGGAGUCCAGUUCCGGCUUCGUUCGCUUCUCCCGGGAGCUGAGGAACAAAGACCAGUACAGUCAAGUCCUCUUCUCGGGCUUCUGCAGGAUGGUGAACUGGUUCAAUAAAAGCACAGACCGUGGCGUGCUGGUCACAGACAAGUGCGUCUACAAAUUAGAGCCCAGGAAACGCUUCAAGGUUCUGAAGAGGAUUUCUUUAGACGCUUUGACAGGACUCAGCGUGACCAGCGGCGACGACCAGAUGGUGGCGCUGCACACCUCCACUCAGCACGACUUCCUGCUUUGCCUGCAACGCGGCCAGCUCUCGCCCAACCAGGACCGGGUCGGCGAGCUGGUGGGAACGCUGGUGGACCACUUCACACGGGUACAAAAACGCCCGUUUUCCGUGUCGGUGUGCCCGUCCAACAUCCGGCUGCACAUGUGGGGCAAACCAAAGGCCGUUACCGUGGAAACUAAGGUGGGCCAAACCAACGCCGACUUCAAGAAGAGCAGAGGUGGUUUUGUUCUGUGGGUCCCGGUCCACUGAGGUACAGCAGUCACAGGACAGCAACAAGACAAGGACAGAAAAACAUUAUUAAAAUAACAUUUUACACUUAAUCAUUUCAAUCGGAUUGCCAAAGAUAUCGUAAGAAAAAAAUAAAACAAAAACUGUUAA